UCUUCUUAGGCAGAGUUUAUGGAACAUGAUGAGAAGCCUCUUCCCAUUGAUAUUCGUCUUCUGGGGGCACUAGCUGAAAAGUGUCGUGUUUUUGCCAAAGCUCUGCAUUAUAAAGAGAUGGAAUUUGAAGGUCCACGAUCCAGGAGGAUGGAUGCGAACCCAGUUGCUGUUGUCGAGGCUCUUAUACACAUAAAUAAUCAGUUACACCAGCAUGAGGCUGCUGUCGGCAUACUAACCUAUGCUCAACAACAUCUUGAUGUGCAAUUAAAAGAAUCAUGGUAUGAGAAGCUGCAGCGGUGGGACGAUGCACUCAAAGCGUACACUUUGAAAGCAUCUCAAACAUCAAAUCCUCAUCUUGUAUUAGAAGCCACACUAGGUCUGUGAUCACCCACAUUAUUGGCGGGAUUU